AUGUCCACCAAGUCGCCUCCCUCCAUCGGCUCCACAGAAGUCCAAGCUCCUCGAUCUUCUACCGGAACCACGACACGAGUCCCCGAGAAAUCACACAUCAACUGUGGUUCCACCAAGUCCCACCCCCUUCUCGUAUCAAACAAUGCCACCUCGAUGUUGACAAGGUGGCUUUACGACGUCGACGACGUGACUGUCACCGAAAAGCUUCAGCGGGACGCGCUUGAUCAGGGAGAGAACAGCACUGAUGGCAAAUGA